CGCCACAUCGCCCUCCCGCCGGCGCUGCUGACGUGUCUGCUCCCUCCCUGCCGCCGGCCACCGCCAACAUGGCCGCAGCGCCGCCGCCGGACCCCCGGCUGCUCCUCGCCCUGCUGCUGCUGCCGCCCCUGCUGCCGCUGCCCGCGCCGCCGCCGCCGCUCUGCGCCGCCGCCGGGCCCGAGCUGGGCCGCCGCUUCGCCGAGCGCAAGCGCUGCGCCGACCCCGAGUGCAGCAUGUUAAUGUGCCGAGGGAAGGCAAUGAAGGAUUUUAAAGGUCCCGACUGCCGCUUUGUAAAUUUUAAGAAAGGAGAAGCAGUGUAUGUAUAUUACAAACUAAUAGGAAAAUCAACUGAGCUUUGGGCUGGAAGUGUUGGAAGUGAUUUUGGAUAUUUUCCAAAGGAUUUACUUGAAGUAAAUCAUAAUUAUACCAAUGAGGAGCUAGAGUUACCAACAGAUGAAACAGACUUUGUUUGCUUUGAUGGUGGAAGGGACGAUUUUGAUAAUUAUAAUGUGGAUGAACUUUUGAAGUCAUCGAAAGAGACAAUAGCAAAUGAGAGGGAAACUGAAUCAAGUGAUCCAAGGACAAAACCAGCUGAAGGAACGGAAAGGGAGGAGGAGGUUGAAAAGGUUCAUACAGUACAGUCCCUUGAUGCUUUGGAGGCAGACAAUGUUGAACUAAGCACAGAGAAAGACGAGGAAGCCCUCACCAUGACAGAGGAAUUAGAUAGUUUUCUUAUAGAAGGAAGUGAAGGUACUAAGGUAGACUCCAGUGACAGUAGUCAUGAAGAAAACUCUCAGGGAGAUCAAACUGCACAUGAGCACUUGCAAGGAACGCUAAAUGACAGACUAAAAGGGCUAGAAAGUGAAAAUACCAAAAACACUAGUAUUGCUCAGGGCGAAACCAGUCAACUUGACAAAGAGAGCGAAGAAGUCGAUGCCUAUACACUUUUAGACAGAGAGCUCUCUGUAAACUUGAAAACAAAAUUUGGCUCAACUGCUGAUGCUGUUGUAUCAGAUGAUGAAGUGACUCGCCUUGUUACAUCAUUGGAAGAUGAUUUUAAUGAAGAUUUGAGCAUUAAUGCUCACGAUUCAGAGAAGGAGUCAGACUUCGCAGAUCCGUCUGAAGAAGUCCCUUUGCUGUCAUUUAUGGCGGAAGAAGGGAGUAUAUCCCUAGGGGAUUCAGAUGCUGAUGAAAACAAUGGCCUUGAGUCAAAAAAUCAUGAACUUGACGAAAAUGAAGGUGCUAUGGAGCUAAAUAACCAAAGAGAUGAUGAGGAAGAACGUGAUUCAGAUGCACUAAUUAAGGAUGCCUUCACUAAGAGCGAGAAGUCAGGUGACAGUAUAAAUGUGGACAGGUUUGAAUCUGAGCAAACAAAGAAGAAACAGGAUGAGGUGAUGCUAAUUAGCAAGAGAGAAGCACCAGCAGCUCAACUUGAGGAUCUCUCCAGAGAGCUCCUUCGACAUGAACCUAUAGGUGCAAGAGAUCCAGGUUCAGAAGAAAAAGCAAACAAAACUGAAGAGUUUGAAGAGCAGCUUAUGGCUGAUGAAAUGGCAUCACAUACUAACGAGCUGCAAAGUACAACUGUGCCUGAUCCUCAUGCUUUACCUAGUCCACGAGAUGGUCUGAAGACCAAAUCAUUUGUUGAAAGCAAGCAAGAUGCUUUAGGUCUACCUGCUGGUGAUGUGAACAAAAGUCCAGAAAGUGUGCCACUUGCUGAAAUAGAGAAAGAUGAGAAAAAGUUUGAGGAUGACACCUUGGAAGAGAUCUCAGAAAGUGAUUUAAAGCACAAAAAGUUAUGGGAGAAAAUGAAGGAGAAAGGAAGAGAUCAGUAUAAGUCUUCUGCUGAUGUUCCAGCCAAACCAGUGGAAGAGGUACAAAAUGGAUCUCAAAGUGACACAGGAGAUACUAAGCUUUUAAAAGACAAACCGGAGCAUGGAAUGCCUGCUGUGGAGAAGGAAAUUCUAAGACAUGAAGAAGAUUCAAAACAAAGAGGGGAGGCUGAUCAUGAAAAUCGAAAACUCACCUCUUUUAAAGAAGAACCUGAAAUAAAAGGGGGAAACGUGAAAGAAACCCCUGCAGGUGAGGGGGACCCAAGCCAUAGGGGAGCUGCUGAGCAACCUAUGCAAUGGGAAAAUGAAACUGAGUAUUCAGAGGCAGAUGUGAAAGAAGAGCUUUCAGGAAAUCUUGGCAAGAUGACAGAAUUUGAAAAAAGCAUUGAGAAAAGUUCCCCUGAAGAAAAAUCAAGAAGUACUACACAGAAUACUAAUAGAGCAAAUUUUACCCAGCAAGGAACUGCUCAUACUGAGGAUGAAGAUUCAAACAAAAAUCUUGGCACAAAUUUAGCUAGAGAAAAAAACCUAAGGCCAGAAUUGCAACCCAAAGAGACAGAUGCUGAAGAUGAAGCUGACUUGAAACAAAUGGAAGAAGAACUACUGGAAGAUGAGAAUGCUGCAAGUGCAAAGCUGUUGCAUGCAAGGGUUGCAAAUGUACAGGGUAAUACACUAGAUGUUGAAGGAAGAAACCCUGAAUUAAAAGUACCAAAUGAAGCUUUUUCAGGAACUGCAGAUCCUACUUAUGAAACAGGAGAGGAAACAAACUCGUUUUCUGAGGAGGCUGAAAAAAUAACAAACAUGCAAGAUGAACACGAGACUGGAAACAAAGAGUUUGAUGUACCAGCGAGUGAAGAUGCUAAACUGGAUGAGAUGGAACAUAUCGCAGAAGACGAUGAGGAGUCUUCUGAAGCUGAGGACCUAUUAGCCGUGGAAGAAUAUAAUUUCAAGUCUUCAGACAUGGAGGACAGCAAUGACUUUCACCAAAGGAAAGAUCAUCUCCCAGAGGACGUUUCACAGAGAGACUCAAAAGAGAUGCAAAAUAUAGAGGAUACAGGAAAUGACCACCAGCAGUCUGCACAUUUCCCCAGCCCUGCUGACAUUUCAGCAGCCACAAAUGACACUGUAACAGAAUACAGUGAGUCUGUGAAGCGGCUCACAAUAAUUAGAGAUUUCCUUGAUGAAAAGUGUGUAAUACGUCUACAAAAGUAUCUUGGGCUCCAACAUGUGGUUAGGAUAGAAGCUAUGUUUUAUGACAUGAAGGUGGAGAUGGAACUUGCUCGGAAGGCAAGCAAUAAUAAUGAAGAUAUAGAAAAAGCGCUGGACCAGAUACUUGAGUUUUCAGAAUCAAACAUUAUGGAUGUUGUAGGAAAAGUUCUGGAUUCCAGGGUAGCAGAAAAUAAAGAGGAGGUGGUGAAAGAGAUGGAUUUGUAUGAUGAAGAGAGUGCACUUAUGGAUGAUAUUCAAGAAUUAAUAUAUUCUUUAAGAAGUAAAUAUUCGUCUGCUAGUGAGAGUGUCCCACUGGCAUCUUUUAUCGAACAGGAAGAUGAUCAGCUGAAUGCUCAAGAUACUGCAAAAGAGGCUGAAUAUGACACAGACGCUGUUAGGAAUCCAGAUGCCAUUGAUGAGAGCUAUCAGAAAUUUCAGCAGCUUGAAGAUAAGAGGCCAGUUCAGCCUAUUGAAGAGGAGGAGGAGAGAAGUGUUAAUGUUCCACCUGAGCUUGAAGAAGCUAGCUUUUCGGAUAAUAGAGAAGCCAAAGAAGCGUACAAUAGUGAAAGAAGAUUGCCACUGGCUGAUACUUCCUUUGGGUCAACUGAUUCAGAAGAGAGUGCCAGCGAAGAUAUUGCUGCAGGAAUUCCUGUGAGAACCGCCGGAAACGCGGGGAAGCAGCGUGUCAGUCAGACCGCUGCCCCCCACGGCGACGGCGACGGCGGCGGCGCCUCAGGGGCAGCGCUGGGCGGGGCGGCGGCCGCUGCCCGCCGCCUGCUGCUGCAGUUGGUUGCUACCCUGCCUGAGGAUAUUCGUCCUGGGCCUGAUUUCCAUGGACUUCCAUGGGAGCCUGUUAUUACCACUGCCUUAGUGGGAAUUGCCACGCUCGCUAUAAUUUUCUGGAGAACCUGCCUUUCAGUAAAGAGUAGAAUCUAUCAAGUGACUGAAAAACAACUCGCAGAAAAGAUUAAAAACCUUCUACAAGAAAAAACAGAAAUCCUAGACAAGAUGUCAGAAUAUGAUCAAAAGAUAAAGCAAGCAAAGGAAUCAGUGAAAGCAGCCCAAGAACAAAAAAAUAUUCUCUCCGAUGAAACUGCAGGGCUUAAGGACACUGUCAAAGGGCUGGAAGAAGCAAAUCGUAAACUGGAUGACAAAAUAAAAAGUCUGCACUCAAUGCUUGAAACAGAGAGAAAACAGAAUGAGAAGAAACAGAAAAAAAUCUCUGAAAGCCAGAAGUCCUUGGAAAAACUUGAAGAGGCUAUCAGUGUGCAUUCUGCUGAGCUUUCAGAGGUGCAGAUAGCCCUUAACGAAGCUAAAUUAAAUGAAGAAAAGGUGAAGUCAGAGCUCCAGCAUGUGCAGGAGGAGAAUGCUAGGCUGAAAAAGAGCAAGGAACAACUGCUAAAAGAAGCUGAAGGUUGGAGUGAGAGACAUACUGAGCUUAGUGAGCAGAUUAAACUGUAUCAGAAGUCUCAGAAGGACAUAGAAGAAGCACUUGCCUAUAAGGAAAAUGAAAUUGAGGUUUUAACUAACUGCAUUAUGCAGCUGAAGCAGCUUGACAUAGAUCCAGCAUCUGAGGCCAAGAAGGAUGGUGAAGGGCAUGAAUGGAGCAGAGGGGACGAUCUGGCCAACGGAGAGUUGCCAGAUAAUGAGAAUGAAAAGAUGAAGACUCAGAUUAAGCAGAUGAUGGACGUCUCCAGGGUAAAAACUAUGUUAUCCAUAGUUGAAGAAGACAGAAAUCUUCUGCAGUCCAAACUGAGUGAUGAAGUAACAGCAAGACAUGAGCUGGAAGAGCAAAUAAAAAAAUUAGAACACGACUCCUGUUCGCUGCAGUCAGCCAAAGCUCGACUGGAAAAUGAAUGUAAAACACUACAGCAGAAAGUAGAGAUUCUCGGUGAACUUUACCAGCAGAAAGAAAUGGCGCUCCAGAAAAAACUAACUCAAGAAGAAUAUGAGCGCCAGGAGAAGGAGCAGAAAUUGUCUGCUGCAGACGAAAAAGCCGUGCUGGCCAUUGAGGAAGUGAAAGUUUACAAGCAAAGGAUUCAAGAUAUGGAAGAAGAAUUGCAAAAAACAGAGAGAUCAUACAAAAACCAGAUUGCCGCUCAUGAGAAAAAAGCACACGACAAUUGGCUUAUUGCCCGCUCUGCUGAGAGAGCUCUGGCUGAAGAAAAAAGAGAAGCAGCCAACCUGAGGCAAAAAUUAAUAGAAGUGAACCAAAAAAUUGUUAUGCUUCAAAGACCAUUAAUUGUGAAGCCAACUCCAGGCAGACCCGAUCGCCAAGUCCCACCACGACGAGGGCCCUUAAGCAGAGAUGGUUCUUUUGGCCCAUCACCUGUGAGUGGAGGAAAUCCGUCACCCACACAAAUGAUAGAAGUUCCUGGUCGGCCCCUUUCUGCUCCUCGAAGGGAAGGCUCAAGAGGUGAAUUUGGUACAGUGGUAGAUGGCCCCUCUGUUCCACGAAGGCCACCAGAGAUCCCUGGAAGGAUGUCCGUUCCUGAUCUUGGGCCUGCUGUAGCAUCCCUGAUCAGUAGUGGGCCAAGAACCUCCUCCCCUUCCACAGCAAUGGAUAGAGCGCAGCCCUCUCCCAAAGAGUCUGAAGCCCCCUGUGUAACUACUGAUUCACCUUCAUCUGUUGAACCACCUACAGCUAAUGUUAGUCCCAAAGGCCCACCUUCUUUCCCUGGGACACCCAUCAUGACCUCUCCAGUGAUGGGACCUCCACCCCCACCGCCUGUUCGUUAUGGACCGCCGCCAGCUCCUCUGCGUGGACACUUUGGGCCCCGGCCUCUUCCUGUGCCCCUAGUUCGUGGUGCUCCCUUACCACCUCCAGCUGCAAGAGAUUUCUUACCUGGCCCCCCAUUAGGAAUGAGAGAUCUGCCUCCUGGCCCGCUACCACCCCCUCCAGAUCCCAGAGCAUAUGGACGUGGGCACCCUUCUUUCCGACCUCUAGGUCCUCCUGGCCCGAGAGAUUAUCCUCAAGGCCCACGGCUACCCCCGCCUGGCUCAAGGGACUAUACACCUUCUCCUAGCAGAGACUUGCCUCCGUCAGGACCUAGAGACUACCCUGCAGGCCCUCCUCCACCACCAGCAGGCUCAAAGGACUACACACAGCCUCCAGCGCAGAAGCCCUAACUGCAGUGUCUGGUCAGCAGCUCAGUGGAAUGGACUCUAGCACACUUCCUGCGGUCAGGAUUUUAGGAAAUGGUUUUCUAUUUGAAGCCGUUUGUCUCAUUUCAGUAUAUUUCAGCUUUUGCAGGAUUAAUUUUUAUCCAGUUGCUGCAGACAUCUUAUGUGCAUUUAUGAUCACCUUAAACUCAUCCAUCCUCUUGGGCUGCAAGAACCUUUUUGUGAUGGACUUGAACCUACUCUAAACGUGCAAUAGAAAGGAAGUACCUGUGUGGCUAGUUCUAAUUAAAUGUAGCCUCUGUAACCAGUUGGUGAAUGAAUUAAUUUCAUGAAAAAUGUAAAUCAAAUCAUUUCCUGUGGAAAUAAUUUUUAAGUAAAAUGCUAUCUUACCUGCCUUCUCCAUCACAUCAUUCAGCUGCAGCUAUUCUAGUCCAGGAGUUUACAUGAGGACUGUGAGGUGUGGUUUUAGUUUUGUUUUUUUUUUUUUUUUUGAAUAGAUGUCUGGUCAGAGAUCAGAAGCACAAAUGACACUGUAUUCAAAGGAAGGUUAUAAUAAAAAGCAAAAUUCCUUUUGCUAAACCGUGAAGGCUUUGUUUCAGUGCCAUUUUUUGUUCAGAAUGGACGUUACAACCAGAGAAUGCUAUGUUACUGAACCAGCCAUGACCAAGUUGAAGAACUGAGUCCAAGCUGAGUAACCGCAGGUGUUACAAGAUUAAUGAUUGACUGAACGUUAUGCUGGACUAGUCUAGCAAAUUACUGCUUUGCUUCAUGCAUGAAGAUGGGGGGGGAUAGAGACCUCCUCACCUGAAGGGCAGGCCAGAGCUGGAAACUUUGAACACCCUGAGCUCUUGAAUUCCAUGGUCAUGUGGUUAGUACAGAAAUACAGGUUGGGGCUCCAGCACUCUAGAAGUUAAGAAAUUGAAUAACCACUGUCUGCAUUCAAGAUUGGCUUGGGAGCAUUAAGCAAGGUUUGAGAGGUGAGUUUGCAUCUUAGUGGCAAGGAAGCUAAACUGUUCUUCAAUACUAAGUCUGCACUUCAUAAGAUUAUUCAUUUAUAUUAAAAAAACCUUAGGUUUGUACGUAAGUACUUAGGGAGGCUAAAAAAAAAUAAAGGGAAGAGAAAACUAGGAAUAAUAAAAAUCUAAUGAAGGCCAUUACAGCUUUACUGCCAGAGUACAAGCAGCCAUUAAACUUGCCACGUAGGUGUUACAGUCUUACAGUACAAGUAUUAAACUUCAGAGUUAGAUGAAGGACAAGAUAGAACAUUACUAAAGCAUAAAAUAAUACAAGUGCUUGUGGAGGGGGAAGUAGUAGUCCUCUCAAUGAAAGACAGUUGACAGAAAAAAAUGUAAAGGAUAGAAGCAUAAAAAUGGUAUUUCACACCCGACAGACAUUAAUUCACAAUUAGUUAAAUACAAAGCUCUACUUGUGUAUUUAACAAAAAUACUUCAAAGUUGACAUUUCAUAUAACUGGAGAUAAUACAGACAUCUACAAGCUGGGGAAGAGUCAAGGUAAGCAGCUGGAACAACAGGUUUGUAAUUUAAGUGAAAAUGUUCAAUUUGAAUGGUGGCUAAUUACAUAUACAUGGAUGAAUAUUUGUAUUUGAAAGUCAGGUCCUCCAAGUUCAGAAUCUUCCCUUCCCCAACACCAAGCUUUGUGAUGCUGAACGUCUCUUCCCUUCCCCACCCUAGCUGGGAUUAACUUAAAGCUGGAAGGAACCAUCUUCUGGGAGCAACAGGAGGGCAGCGAGCGCGCUGUUAGUCACAGGCAGAACACGUAACUUGCUUCAGUGCUUUCACCAGGCAUUGACUGAUUCCCAAAAGCAAUGGUAGGAUGGCAGAGCAGGGGCAGAGCCACACAACUGCCACUUGCUGAGCAAGACAGCUUGUACAAGCUGCAGAGAAGCUUGGUGCUACAGAUUCCUAGGUCAGAAAGAGACCUGAGCUAGCCAAGGGCUGUUGGCAACACAGCUAUUGCUCUAGCUUAGAUUUAUUUGCAGCUGUAGAAGUUAAACUAACGCUUUGCUCUAUCCUUUCACAGAGUUUGAAGGAUGAACAAUUUUUUUUUUUUUU